GGGCCCAGGGCGGGGCCGCGGCCGGGGCCGGCACCUGGGUGAGGUCGCUCCGCGCCGCCUCGCCCCCUCGCACUUCCGUGUGCCGCUGCGCGGGAGUUAGAGGCUGCGGACCCGGGAUCACUUGAGCGACCCCCGGCGUUCGCCCGCCGCGCCGAGGCCCGGGUGGUACCUCACCGGCCACCAGGCCCGUCCGGGUCGGGUGCGCACCGAACCCCCAUCCGCGCGCGCGCCCGGGAGCCGCGCCGAGAGCCAGACUCUAGCCACCGCGACCCCUGGCGCCUGGCCCGAGCCCGGAGGUCUGCCAGGAACUGGCCCAGGUGAGGGCGGUGGGCCUACUUCUGGUGGUGGUUGUGUGGCAGUGGUGGCAGCGGGAGCCAGGACUACGGACAAAGGGGAGCCGGGAGCCCCAGCCCUGCUGCAAGCCCCAACAUGGCACCGUUCCUGCGCAUCUCCUUCAACUCCUAUGAGCUGGGCUCCCUGCAGGCCGCAGACGAGGCAAGCCAGCCCUUCUGUGCUGUGAGGAUGAAGGAGGCACUCAGCACAGAGCGUGGGAAGACGCUGGUGCAGAAGAAGCCCACCAUGUACCCCGAGUGGAAGUCCUCGUUUGAUGCCCACAUCUACGAAGGUCGCGUCAUCCAGAUUGUGCUGAUGCGAGCUGCGGAGGAGCCAGUGUCCGAGGUGACAGUGGGUGUGUCGGUGCUGGCCGAGCGCUGCAAGAAGAACAAUGGCAAGGCCGAGUUCUGGCUGGACCUGCAACCCCAGGCCAAGGUGUUGAUGUCUGUGCAGUAUUUCCUGGAAGACAUAGAUUGCAAGCAGUCAAUGCGGGGUGAAGACGGGGCCAAGUUCCCAACGAUGAACCGCCGUGGAGCCAUCAAACAGGCCAAAAUUCACUACAUCAAGAACCACGAGUUUAUCGCCACCUUCUUUGGACAGCCCACUUUCUGCUCUGUGUGCAGAGACUUUGUUUGGGGUCUCAACAAGCAAGGCUACAAGUGCAGGCAAUGCAACGCUGCCAUCCACAAGAAAUGCAUCGACAAGAUCAUUGGCCGGUGUACGGGCACUGCAGCCAACAGCCGGGACACCAUAUUCCAGAAAGAACGUUUCAACAUUGACAUGCCACACCGGUUCAAGGUUUAUAACUACAUGAGCCCCACCUUCUGCGACCACUGCGGCAGCCUGCUCUGGGGGCUGGUGAAGCAGGGAUUAAAGUGUGAAGAUUGUGGCAUGAACGUGCACCAUAAGUGCCAGACGAAGGUGGCCAACCUCUGUGGCAUCAACCAGAAGCUCUUGGCCGAGGCCUUGAACCAAGUCACCCAGAGACCUGCCCGGAGGUCGGACUCCGAGACUGCAGAGACUGUUGGGAUCUACCAGAAUUUUGAGAAGAAGCCAGGAGUCUCUGGAGAUGAUGUCCCAUGUGAAGGAACUGGGACCUACGGCAAGAUCUGGGAGAGCAGCACCAAGUGCAGCAUUGACAACUUCACCUUCAUCAAGAUCCUGGGCAAAGGCAGCUUCGGGAAGGUGCUGCUCGCAGAGCUGAAGGGCAAAAAGGAAUUCUUCGCCAUCAAGGCCCUCAAGAAGGACGUGGUUCUGAUCGAUGAUGACGUGGAGUGCACGAUGGUGGAGAAGCGGGUGCUGGCGCUCUCCGGGGAGAAUCCCUUUCUCACCCAUCUCUUCUGCACCUUCCAGACCAAGGACCACCUGUUCUUUGUGAUGGAGUUCCUCAAUGGGGGCGACCUGAUGUAUCACAUCCAGGACAAAGGCCGCUUCGAGCUCUACCGUGCCACGUUUUAUGCGGCUGAGAUAGUCUGUGGACUACAGUUUCUACACCAGAAAGGGAUCAUUUACAGGGACCUUAAGCUGGACAACGUGAUGCUGGACCGGGAUGGCCACAUCAAGAUUGCUGACUUCGGCAUGUGCAAGGAGAACAUGUUUGGGGACAAACAGGCCAGCACCUUCUGCGGCACCCCUGACUACAUCGCCCCCGAGAUCCUGCAGGGCCUGAAGUACUCAUUCUCCGUGGACUGGUGGUCCUUUGGAGUCCUUCUCUAUGAGAUGCUCAUUGGUCAGUCCCCCUUCCACGGUGACGAUGAGGACGAACUCUUUGAGUCCAUCCGUGUGGACUCACCGUAUUAUCCCCGCUGGAUCACCAGGGAGUCCAAGGACAUCCUGGAGAAGCUGCUUGAACGGGAUACAACCAAGAGGCUGGGAGUGACAGGGAACAUCAAAAUCCACCCCUUCUUCAAGACCAUCAACUGGGCUCUGCUGGAGAAACGUGCAGUGGAGCCGCCCUUCAAGCCCAAAGUGAGGUCUGCUGGAGACUACAACAACUUCGACCAGGAGUUCCUGAACGAGAAGCCGCGCCUCUCCUACAGCGACAAGAACCUCAUCGACUCCAUGGACCAAACAGCAUUUGCCGGCUUCUCCUUUGUGAACCCCAAAUUCGAGAGGCUCCUGGAAAAUUGAGGCCUCAGUUCCUCAUCUGUAAAACGGGACCAUUACUCCUUACUGGCUCUUGGAGCUCCCAGCUCUGGGGAAUCCCUCAGAGACUGAUGCUCGGUACCCCAUGGGGCUGGGCAAAGCCUGGGGGAUGGGGAAGCAGCUGCCAGGGAUGCUGCCAAACUGCCUGGGAAGCUGUGCGGCUCGAGGCCUGUUCCCAGAGUUGCAUAGGCACCAGGACUGACGGGUGGCCCAGGAAAUGCCUCUCGUGGCUGGGCCCGGAGCCACGCUUUCACUGGGAACUGGGGGUCUGGAAGACGGCCCUCCACCUGCCAGGUUCGUGGCAACCCUGCGUGGAGCAAGUCGAUCGGCACCAUUUCUCCAACGGCAUUUGUUCACUUCGUGCUUCUGUGUCACAUUUUGCACCACCAACUGUGCCCAUAUAAGAACUUAAUCCGAACUUCCCUGGUAGUCCAGUGGUUAGGACUCCAUGCUUCCACAGCAAGGCACGUGAGUUCAAUCCCUGGUUGGGGAACUGAGAUUCCACUUGCUGCACAGUGCAGCCAAGAAAAACGCAAAAAGAUGAGAAUCCACCCGCCAAUGCAGGGGACACGGGUUCGAGUCCUGGUCUGGGAAGAUCCCACAUGCCACGGAGCAACUAAGCCUGUGGGCCACAACUACUGAGCCCACGCUCUAGAGGCUGCAAGCUACAACUACUCUAGAGCCCAUGUGCCACAACUACUGAAGCCCAUGCGCCUAGAGCCGGUGCUCCACAACAAGAGAAACCACCGCAAUGAGAAGCCUGCACACUGCAACAAAGAGUAGCUCCUACUCGCUGUAACUAGAGAAAGCCUGCGUGCAGCAAUGAAGACCCAACGCAACCAAGAUAAAUAAAUAAAUUUAUUUUUUAAAAAAGGAAAUACAUUUCACAAGGCUAUAGCUGCCACACAUAGUGAUUCCUCUGAUGGAUCUAAAAAUUGAAAACCUUUUGGAAAAGGUUUACCAUCCUAGAUGUCAUUAAGACAUUUGUGAUCCAUAGAAAGAGGUCAAAAUAACAUUAAGAAGAGUUUGGAAGAAGUUGAUUCCAACCCUCAUGGAUGACUUUGAGGGGUUCAGGACUUCAGUGGAGGAAGUCACUGCAGAUGUGAUGGAAAUAGCAGAAGAACCAGAGUUAGAAGUAGAGCCUGAAGAUGUAACUGAAUUGCUGCAAUCUCAUGAUAAAACUUUUAACGAACGAGGAAUUGCUUCUUAUGAAUGAACAAAGAAGGUGGUUUCUUGGGAUGGAAUCCACUCCUGGUGAAGAUGCUUUGAAGAUUAUUGAAAUGACAAUAAAGGGUUUAGAAUAUUACAUAAACAGAGUUGAUAAAGCAGUGGCAGGACUUGAGAGGAUUGACUCCAAUUCUGGAAGAACUUCUGUGAGUAAAAUGCUAUCAAACAGCACUGUGUACUAUAGAGAAAUCAUUCAUGAAAGGAAGAGUCAUUUGAUAUGGCAAACUUCAUUUUUGUUUUAUUUUAAGAAAUUGUCACAGCUUCCUCAAUCUUCAAGCAACCACCACCUUGAUCAGUCAGCAGCCAUCAACAUCGAGGCAAAACCUUCCACCAGCAAAAAGAUUACAACUUGCUGAAGGCUCAGAUGAUGGUUAGCAUUUUUUAGCAAUAAAGUACUUUUUAAUUAAGGUA